GCCCGCGCACUUUACGACAACUCAUCGGAGACCUCGGACGAACUGACCUUCAAACGAAACGACGUACUUGAGGUCAUCGAGAGAGACUACGAGGGCAUGGAGGGCUGGUGGCUCUGUGAACUUAAGGGUAGAACUGGCAUUGCUCCUGCCAACAGACUAGUUGUCGUU